AUGGUGGAACUCAGUCUAGGCGUCUUUUUUCGCUCCUUCAAUGCAUCAAAAGUAAUUCUCUGCGCAUGUCUUCUAGUUUUCCUCACACUUUUCACACUAAAACUCGAUGGAAAAGUUGGUUUUAGCUACGCCUUUGUUUUUGCACCUUUAUGGGCUUGUAAUCUUCUCGUUUUCAUUGGGGGCCUCAUUGGAAUGUGUUCCUAUUGUUCAAAUCCACCCUCAAGAAACGAAAUCAUGAUGCGUGUAGACUUCGGAGCGAUGUGUAUAACAGUUGUUGAGCACAUUUUGUUAGCUGUUUUCGAGACUUUCGCCUUUGUAAAGCUAGAAUACGAAGACAUCUCCGAACCAGGCUACCCAUUCCCAUGGACCAUUGUCUUCUGUCCCCUAUUCUCCCUAUCCGCCGCUUCCAUUGGAAUCGCCGUCUGGGCACUCCGACACGAUAAACCAUUCGAAUUCGAGUUCUUCUACGCUAUGAACAUCGUUCAGUUCGUGUUUAUCGCGUUCAAAUUGGAUAAGCAGGUCGAUUGGACGUGGGCAGUGGUCUUCAUACCCCUUUGGGUGGUGCUCUCCCUGGCUGCCGUCGGUGUGCUCUACGCGUUGGUGCUCUCCGUUGUGCUCAUUCGAUCCCGUCAUUUCAUUCCAGCACACAGAAGACAGCAUGUGUAUUCCGCGAUUUUGCAUACGUUCUUUGUGAUUCCUGCAUUGGUCUGUCUGGUUCUUCUCACUGGAAAACUGGAUUCGAUGAGUUGGAGUGAUAAGUCGUCAGUCUCCGAAUUGAGUUACACGCUCGCGAUGGCACCACUCCAAGUCUCGUUCUUCUUCAUGGCUAUCAUGUCAGCAGGAUUCGGUGGACCAUCCUCCACACCUCAAACCAAUAUCUGGUGGUUUGGCCUACGAAAACCCCUCUGCCCGUUCCUUCUGGACAAAUGUCCCUCACUGAGGACAUAUGCAAACGUCAGCUAUCGAAUUGGAGGUAGAAAUCGAGCGGAGAACGAGCAAGAAAACGGCGAGGAGCGUCAAGCGAUCGCUGGCGACAACGAGGAUCGCGACGAGGCUGAUGUGGCGAUCGUCAACGAGCGACGGAAUCGACAGAGAGCAGAGGAGAAAACACGUGGAUCCGGCGGAUCACAAGCCAGCUCUCAAGGCAGUCAAAGUGGACAGGAGGGCAUGAACCCAAUGGAACAAAUCGCCUCCUCAUCAGCGGCAAUUUCCCGAGCCAUGGCUCAGUACAAGAAUGAAUACGGCUAUCAUUGGCAUGGAGAUAUCUCACAACCUGAUUAA